AUGGGGGCUGGCUUUAAAGUGCAAAGGAGGGAUUCUGUUUGGUGGAAAGAUCUGAUGGCGGCAAGCUCACAUUAUACUAACGAAAUUGACUAUUUUGCAGGGCAUGUUUCUUUCAGCUUUGGAGAUGGUGGUAAAAUUCUGUUUUGGUUUGGCAAGUGGUUGGGAGGGAUUCCUUUCAAAGAACUAUUUCCUUUGCUCUUCAACAGUUCUUCAAAGCAAUUAGCCACUGUCAAAGAGAUGGGAGUAUGGUGCGACCAACAAUGGCAAUGGGAGUUCCAUGUAGACUCAGAUUUAAUGCUGGCUAUACCGGAGCUUCUGCAGGAGGCACUGGAACUGUUGGAAAUUCUGGGCGGUUAUAGGCCAACAGUGGGGGUAGUGGAUUCCAUCAAGUGGUGGCCAUCUAGGGAAGGCGUUUUCACGGUCAAAAGUUGUUGUUCUUUGAUGAGGAUCUGUCAGUUAGAAGACGUGGUGGAGGCGAAUAGGCUUGCAGCAAUUAACCGGAUUUGGAAAUCUUCUGUGCCGUCCAAAAUUAAAGUGUUUGGCUGGAGAUUUUUUCUAAACAGACUUCCAACAAAAGACCAAUUAGCUAAGAGGAAUGUUCUUCAUAGGAUAGAAGACAAAUUGUGUGUUUUGUGUUCUGUAGAAAAUGAGGAUUUAUUUCACUUGUGUUUUCUGUGUUCUUUUGCAAGGAGUGUGUGGAUUAACAUUGGCACUUGGCUAGACAUUAGCCUGACAGAACCGCUUGAGGGCUAUUUGCAUUUUUCUUACUUUCUGCAGGCUUUGAAAGGAAAAAUGAAGAGGAAGAAAUUGAGUCUCAUAUGA